CUUAAAAAGUCUCAAAAAACUAACAGGUCAAAAUCCUCACUCAAUCAAACAAACAUACAUAACCAUUGUCCAAGUCCAUGGCCGCCAAACAACAAUGUCAACAAAAACAACAUCCUUAAAAACAAUUACUAACAUUAACAUCGCUUCUUCCUCUACUAAUCCUCUCUUCUCUUCUUUUCUCAACAACCAUUUUCAUAACAAGUUGAAAAAUCUUUCUACCUCGGUUUUCGUGCUCUCCGUUGUUGUUUCUUGUUACUACUUUUCAUAAAACCCCAUUUCUUCUCUCUCUUUCUAUUUCUCUCUAUCUUAUUUCAAGCUUCGAGCUUUUUCUCAUUUGAGAUCUGGGUUUUCUUUCUUAGAGGCUUUUGCUUUCUGGGUUUUGAGAUCUUACUCUAGAAUGGGAAGUAAAUGGAAGAAAGCAAAGGUGGCUCUUGGUCUUAAUCUCUGCAUGUUUGUUCCAAGAACAUUAGACGAUGAUUUUCCUCCUUCCACGGUGGUUUCUGAGAGGCUGUCGGAUGCUGCUCUUCUCUCUCCGGCCAACUGGGAGAAGGGCUCUUCCCGGCCAACUACUCCGGUGCCGUCUUUUCAUGGUUUGAGACUUUCCAAAAGUAGCAGCAAAUCGUCCAAGCAAACUUGUGCAAUAUGCUUAACCAAAAUGAAGCAGGGAUCUGGUCAAGCUAUAUUCACAGCAGAAUGUUCACAUUCUUUCCAUUUCCAUUGCAUUGCUUCAAAUGUGAAACAUGGGAACCAAAUAUGUCCGGUGUGUCGAGCAAAGUGGAAGGAAAUACCCUUGUCGGGUUCUAGUUUGGAACCUAUCCAAGGUAGAGUAACACCAAGUCCAAUAAAUUGGCCUCAAAAUGAUGCUUUGAUGGCUGUGGUCCAUCGUCUACCGCUUCCUCUACCUCAUCCUCGUCGCGAUUUGAAUAGGCGGCAUAUUGUACCAGUUUAUCAGGCUUCUGAGCCAGGUGUAUUUGAUGACGAUGAAUCUUUGAAUCAUCAUCAUGCAAUCUCUGGGAGAAGUGUUUGCAGUAAUAGUACUGAAGAUGCUGAUGCUGUUCGAGCAAUGGAGAUUAGAACAUACCCUGAAGUGUCUUCCACUCCAAGGUCCAACACUUGUGCUAACUUCACAGUUUUGGUUCAUCUCAAAGCUACUGCUGCAGCCGCCGCUUCUACUAAAAGACAAAACCUUAGCAGAAAUCAGACUAGCUUGACGCAGAUUUCACAGACGCCACGUACUCCAGUUGACCUGGUCACCGUGCUUGACGUCAGUGGUAGCAUGGCCGGAACUAAGCUCGCACUACUAAAAAGGGCUAUGGGAUUUGUGAUACAGAACCUAGGCGCUAAUGACCGGCUUUCUGUUAUUGCUUUCUCUUCCACAGCUCGCCGUCUCUUUCCAUUAUGUAAGAUGACUGAUUCUGGGCGGCAACAGGCAUUACAAGCUGUUAAUUCUUUGGUUGCAAAUGGUGGUACCAAUAUUGCGGAAGGGCUGAGAAAAGGUGCCAAGAUAAUGGAAGACCGAAAAGAAAAGAAUCCAGUUGCGAAUAUUAUUCUGUUGUCGGAUGGACAAGAUAAUUACACUGUCGGUGGCUCUGGAAAUAGCCAACCUCAACCAAACUAUCAUUUGCUUCUGCCGGCUUCCAUCAGUGGUCGAGACAAUUCAGGAUUUCAAAUUCCCGUGCAUGCUUUUGGAUUUGGUGCAGACCAUGAUGCCUCAUCAAUGCAUUCAAUUUCUGAGAUCUCUGGCGGAACAUUUUCAUUUAUUGAAACUGAAGCUGUGUUGCAGGAUGCAUUUGCACAAUGCAUUGGAGGACUUCUUAGUGUCGUUAUUCAAGAGUUGCAAGUGGCGAUUGAGUGUGUACACCCUGAUCUCGGUCUUGUUUCGCUUAAAGCAGGAAGUUAUCCUAGUCGUUUGAUGGCGGAUGGUCGCAAAGGAUUUAUCGACGUUGGUGACUUGUAUGCUGAUGAAGAGAGGGAUUUUUUAGUCUCGGUUAACAUUCCAGCUACGUCGAGCAGCGAAACAUCGUUGAUAAAGGUCAAAUGUUUUUACAAGGAUCCCUUGACUCAGGAGACAGCAACAUUGGAAAGUGAUGAAGUAAAGAUUGAGAGGCCUGAAGUAGCCGCCGGGCAGGUUGUAAUAUCUCUUGAAGUGGACAGACAACGCAACAGGCUCCAAGCAGCCGAUGCGAUGGCACAGGCACGGACCGCAGCUGAACGUGGAGACCUCACUGAAGCAGUAUCAAUCCUUGAAAACUGUCGGAAGAUUCUUUCAGAGACUGUAUCAGCUAAAUCUCACGACCGCCUUUGUGUUGCAUUAGAUGCUGAACUCAAAGAAAUGCAAGAGCGGAUGGCGAGUAGGCAUGUGUACGAAGCAUCUGGGAGAGCAUAUAUACUCUCCGGUUUAAGUUCACACUCGUGGCAAAGAGCAACUGCAAGAGGCGAUUCUACUGACAGUUCAAGUCUCGUUCAAGCUUAUCAGACACCAUCAAUGGUUGAGAUGCUUACUCGAUCUCAGGCCAUGUUACUAGGUAGUCCAUCGGGUCAGAGGCUUCUCCAGCCACUGUUGUCAUACAGAUCACAACCAAGCCCAAGGUAAAUCCAACAGAGAUUUUGCGGAAAUCAUCUUCAAAUGAACCUUUGCAGUGAUUUUCUCUUUUUUGCGUAUAAAAUACUCGGAAGGACGGUAUCGGUAAACGGAGGGGAUAAAUACUUUGAGCUGUGAUUUUGCUGUUUAAUAUAUGUAUAAAUGAAUAAAAGGUGGGAAAGGGUGGAGGGGGUUACAAUCAAUGGAGAAAAGGGGGGAGUAGAUAGGAAUUUACUACAUUAUGUUUCUUCUAUUUUGGAGGGUUUAAGGUUUUUCUUUUGUCUUCACUUCUCUUUCUUUUCUCAGAUUAUGUUGUUUUUUGGGGGAGGUGGUGUACAUAAAGAAGAAUGCUUCUUUUUUUGUUAUUAAUUCUGGGACACCUGGGGUAUAAAGUUUGUAAUUGUGCAAAUGGUUGGGAUGAUCUCUUCAGUAUAAUAUAUGUUUUCAAUUCUUUAACAA